UGUUGGCUCAGAGAAUGAGACCUUGCUACAAAUGGCAGGUUCCAAAACUCAGGCCUCUAAGAGUGACCUCCAAGACGAUGAAGGACACUUGCCAGCUUUCAAGGCUGAUGUUCCUGGCUUGACUUGCAUGACAUUGGAGGUUCCUUCAGUUCAGAGCAAAGAUGCUUGGAAUAGCUUUCUACAACUACUGUCGCUGGCCGAUGGGAUUGUUAUCUUGCGAAUAGCAGAUGAGGCCGCGCACGACCAGGACGGGUACUUGGCGAAGUCACCACUGCUCGCUGAGGUGUAUGAGAUCACCGAGAGCCGGCCAAUGUUUGUUGUGUGCGUUUGCAAGGGCCCAGUGCGGGCUUCGCUCAUGACAUUGCCGGCGCUAUCACAGCUAGUUGUGGCAACAGAGGAUUCUUCGUUUGGCUUGCCAAAGUACAGACAUGACUUGCAUCCCAUCACGAGCAUCGCCUUGAAGAAGCGGCUGAUGGACAAGGCGGUUCGUCGGCUGCAACUGGUUGGUGAUCCUAUUGAUGCUAGUGAAGCGCAGCGGUUGGGCUUGGUGGAUUUUGUCGGAAGCGAGUCUGAUGUGGAGAACGAGAUUUGCCGGUUGAUCUACCGAAACUGCUCUCCUUCAAGUCAAUAUUUCAUGUACAAAUCUGACUUGGUCAAAGCCAUGCGAGAGAAGGAAGAGAAUUAGGAACUUUAGUGAGAGCUUGGGAGACGGUAUGUUUGCAACAUCGUGAGCAUUGCGUUUGCAAUAGCCCUAUGUGUGUAGAACCUGCUGUUCGCCAGGGAAGCUAACAGUUGUUGUGUGCUGCAAGCAACACUGCGUCUGUGAUGGCGUUGAUUAAGCUUGCUACUUUGUUGCUGGAAGGUGUUUACUGACUACUGCAGUCCCUUAGUAAGUCGCAUGGCUUGUUGCUCAGAUUUGGCCGAGAAACAGAAUGUAACAAAGGGCAGAGGUGAGCUGGGUGUUCACUUGGCCAACCCCACAUUGCUUGAAAAAGCUCCAGACAUCAUGCGUUUCGGUUUGUCAUCGUCAUGUUUGAUUCUGGUUGUUUGAUUCGG